GGCUCGAGAACGGCCCAACCCACGCGGUCCACGCCUCGCUUCUACUUCGCCCUCCCGACUUUGCGUUUCCAAUGGCGGCAUCUCACGCAGCGCUCAUUGGCAAGGCUGCUCCCGACAUGGAGCUGGAGCUGGCCGAGGGCAGCGGCACGCUGCUGGCGCUGAAGCAGCCGGGACAGGCCAUGGUGGUGGACUUCUUUGCGCCCUGGUGCAAGGCCUGCCCCAAGGCCGCCCAACACCUGGAGGAGUUGGCGGAGACUUGGAAGGACUGCUGCUUCGUCUUGGUCUGCGUGGACGGGGCGUUGGCUGAGGCCCAGAAGUUCGCGCAGGAGCACAACUUGAGGCGCUGCGUGGUGGCCUCAGUGGUGGACGAGGAUGCUCCGCAGGACUACGGGGUGUCCGGGCUGCCGCACCACGUGCUCAUCGCGCCGGACGGCAAGGUGGCCAGGAACUACGAGGUGACUUUGCCUCAGCACCUCGAGGAGGUUUUGGCCCAGCCCACAGCGGAGCCCAACACGGCGCCGAGCGCGGAGCCGAACGCGGAGCCGACGGACAUGCUGGCAGCGGUGCCUCGAAAGAGCCGCGUCUCUGACCAGUACAAGGAGCUCGAGCAGAGCGACCCGCUGCUGAAGUCCAACCCUCGGCGCUGGGUCAUGUUCCCUUUGCAGUACCCGGAGGUCUGGGAGAUGUACAAGAAGCACGAGGCCUCCUUUUGGACUGCCGAGGAGAUCGACCUGGCGCAGGACAACAAGGACUGGGCGGCUCUGAACGAGGCGGAGCAGCACUUUGUGAAGCACGUGCUGGCAUUCUUCGCAGCCAGUGACGGCAUUGUACUGGAGAACCUCUCGCAGCAGUUCUCCUCGGAGGUGCAGAUCCCGGAGGCGCGGGCCUUCUAUGGCUUCCAGAUCGCCAUGGAGAACAUCCACUCGGAGACCUACUCGCUGCUCAUCGAGCAGUACAUCAAGGAUCCGGUGGAAAAGGACAAGCUCUUCGAUGCCAUCCACACCAUGCCAGCGGUGUGGGAGAAGGCCUCCUGGGCCAUCCAGUGGAUGAACCGCGAGGCCUCCUUCGCGGAGCGGUUGGUGGCCUUCGCCUGCGUGGAAGGCAUCCUCUUCAGCGGGUCCUUCUGCGCCAUCUUCUGGCUGAAGAAGCGUGGGCUGAUGCCGGGGCUCACCUUCUCCAACGAGCUCAUCUCGAGGGACGAGGGCCUCCACGCGGACUUCGCCUGCUUGCUCUACGGCAUGCUGCAGCACCAGCUGCCGGAAGACAUUGUGCAUGAGAUCGUGAGGGGCGCCGUUGAGGUGGAGAGGAACUUCAUUUGCGGGGCCCUGAGCUGCGAUUUAAUCGGCAUGAACAAGGAGCUCAUGACCCAGUACAUCGAGUUUGUGGCGGAUCGGCUGCUCACUGCCCUGGGCCACAGCAAGCUCUUCGGUGCCUCGAACCCCUUCGACUGGAUGGAGCUGAUUUCGCUGCAGGGCAAGACCAACUUCUUCGAGAAGCGGGUUGGGGAGUAUCAGAAGGCUGGGGUCAUGGGGGGCGAAGGCGGCCCCCUGAACGCCUUCUCUUUGGAUGCGGACUUCUGAGGCCAUGGGGUUUCAGUGGCGAGACUCGAAUGGAUCCAUUCGAGGCGCCACGAGACGCCGCGAGAAUCUGAGUAUUUUGUGUCUGGUUGACCAGUCGACGAGUUGUCGACCAGUCGAUGGGGAGUUCAAUCCGAAGAUUGGACGGAGUGAAGUCUGUGGGGCGGACUUCAAUCUUAGCCUGGGCAAUGACGCGGGAUCAGAUUC